CAACAUCAGCCUGAUCGCAAUCAAACACCAAGCAACAGCUCGUCCGUCCAUCUACUCUAGGAGCCAUCAUCAUCCUACUACAUUCAUCAUGCUGUCCCAAACUUAAUCAAUACCAUCGCAUCACUUACUCUUUUUACUUCAUCCCCACUCAACCAAAUAACCAUACCAACCCAUCCCAACCCACGAAAAAAACCAACCAUGGAAAACACAACCUCCCGCCUCCGCCGCACCUUCGCCUACCCCUCCGACUCCGACUCCGACACCCUCCCCGACAUCCUCCCCGAAACCCUCGACGAGCAAGAACAAGAAACCCUAAUCGCGGCCCUAACCCAGCAAAACGAGUUGCGAAACGCACAAUUCCGCAUCCUCCUCCUCUGUCUCCCCGCCGUGUCCACGCUCCCGUACCUAAUCGCCUUAGUGUCCCCUUCAUCUACUAGUGAUCGGAACGGCGGCACAGAUCGCUCGACGGCGUUGCUGAGUCUGACGAGUUUGGCGUGUACGGCUUGGACGCUGUGGGUGCGGAGGCCGGGGGUUACGGGGAUUGGGGUUUUGGAUGGGUGGGUUGGGGGAGGUAAGGAGGGGAAGGAUUCUGGACGGAGGAAACGCGAUGAUGAUGAUUAUGGUAGUAGGGGUGAUAUAGCGAAUUCGCCGUUUUGGGCGGAGGAACAUCGCGAUUCGCCGCUGGCUCGGUACUUGCCGUAUCUGAACGUCGGGCUGUGCGCGGUGUUGGUCCUGACAGGCUUGCUUUCGAGGUCGGGUGCUUCGCAGGGGUAUUGGGGACAUGUCGGGUUGAAUAAUCUACCUGCGAUUGUGUAUGGGGUUGUGCUGGUUGCGAAGAUGGUGAUGGGUAGUGUCGAUCCGGAGAGGGAGUUAAGCGCGCUGCGAUACGAGUAUAAGGGGGCAUAAUAGGAGCUUGCUUCUAUGCAACGCGAUACGAUAGCACGGAAGUGCUCAAUAAAAAGAAUAACGAUUCACUUUUUUA